CCCCCUCAGAUAGGGCUACUCUCCGUUUACUCUGCUCUAUGGAAAGGAAUGGUAUUAAUAUCUCUGCCACAAAACCUUUACUGUUUGGUAAACUGUCCUCCCGACAACCAACCAACCUUCAAGCUAAUUCUUCACAGAAAUCAACCAAGAUAUCUGAGUGUCUGGGUUACUUGAACCCUGAGACUAUGAGCAGGACUGUGGACAGGUUCCCCCUCCACCUCUGCCUGGACACCAGUAAGGAAACUGAUAUUGCCCAGGAGGAUGAGUCCUUGUAUGAUCCAAGGUUCCUGCUCCCCUACCUGAGUUCCCUGACUGGCACAGAUGUGUACGUUGACCGUCACAUGAAACUGGUCGAGUGUGGGGGACUUUCUCUAGCCAUAGCGUCAUUAUCCAGCCAGGAUACAGAUAUACGUAGUAUUGGAUACCAUAUUCUUCAUAGAUUCUACCAACGGAUGGGAGAGGCUAAGAUAGUAUCAGAAAAGCAGAUUUGGCUACAUCUCGUUCAUCUUAUUAAAAAUGGUUUAAGUGCUGCUACAGAAACUAAGGUUUGUUUAAAGUUGCCGAGUGUCGUCACAAUAUUUCUAGCCAGAGCAGUUCUCAUACUCACCAAUCCGUCCCACUACAUGUACAAUAGUAUCAGUGGGUUUCUGCUGGCGAAGCCGCUGUUAAACCUGUUCAGUGUUCCCGAGUUCCUCCGACUGUUUAACAGUAAAGAUGUGAAUCCUAGACCUCAACAGCUCUGGAUACUUUCAGUUCUCAGGGAUGGAUUAAGGGAUCGGCUGGAUCACCAAAUGUAUGUUCAACAGUUUGUCUACAAGAUUCUAAUGAGUAACUUUGGGUCUACAGUGUCUGAUAGAAGUGUACAAGGAUUGAUCCUAGAGAUCCUGGAACGGAGUUCAAGUCUCCAGAUUGCUGGCUUCCAUCUUGUUUCUUCUCAUGGGCUUCCACAGUUCCUAGCGGCUAUAUCUAGUCAGAUUACAGAGCGGUCUCUUUGCAUCAGAAUUCUGAGUAUUGUCCGGCAUCUGGCAUCCGCCCUGGCGGAGGCGGACAUUAAGAAAGAGGCGGAUAUAAAGAAGGAGGGAGAAGGCGAAGAAACGGUGGAGUUUAAACCUAAAACCACCUUGAAGCGGGUUCUUCAAUGUUCGUUUGAAAUAAUUUCAACCAAUUUUAAAGGAAAUUUCCCUGACCAGGAAACGGUCAAAAAUCUCCGACUAACGCGCACCUCUGUGAUCAAAUUGUUGACGUAAAUUUUUUAGAAUAAAAUUUUUUCAGAAUU